AAUUUUUAAAAUCAUUACUCGCGGACAAUGUUUAUGAGAAAAUAAAGAAUCGCCUUGAAGAGACAGUAAAAUUUACAGGAAGAAAAUUCAGUGAAGCUUAUAUUAAGUUCACACACUUUAUUAACAUUACAUAUAUUCCAGAUAGAAAAGAUUUUAGGGAUGCUCUGAUUCGCGGUAUUGCAUAUUCAUGUAAACGAAAUCAGCGGGGAGCAGAUAUUAUAAUACCUCUAUAUUUGGGUACUCUUGAUGAAGAGUUAAACGAAGAUCGUAUUUCAUACAUACUAAUACAAGUUAAAAAUCACUCUACUAAUAAUAGAGGUUAUGAAUAUUUAAAAUCUGCAACUACUUGUCUGUCGCCAGCUUAUAUAGGCAUUGAGGAUCUACCGUAUAUGCCAUUUUUGUCGUUGUAUUUGCAAUUAGGUGCAAAAUCAGAGCUAGCUGACGUUCCGUCAAAGUCUACUACAACACGUAAUAUGGAUUCGUGCAAACGUAAAAUUGCAGAA